GCAGUGUGCUGGAAGAGGACCCCUACUCAUUGAUAAGAGGCAUGCAGGGCUAUGAGGUUACCCCGGCAGACCUGGCAUUCCUCAAGCGAGCUAAGCAGGAGAGGCAGAUCAACACCUUACAGGUGAAAAUCCAUAUAUCUGAUGGUGAAAACCCCCACUUGAUUAUUUUAAUGACUGAUGCUCAUGGUACCUCAAAUUGAAAUUAACACAGCCAUUUUGUGCUGCUUUGAUCACACAUUUUAAAGCUACGGUCAAUAUUCCCUCAAUCACCUGGGGUGUAUUCAUUAGUCACACACAUAGCAAAACGUUUUUGCAACAGAACGUUUUGCAAUGAAAACAGUUUUUAUUGGACAUUCAGGUAGGUUUCGUUCCGUUUUGAGUCUUCUCCAGUUUGGUUCAAUUUGCAACAAAUGUUUUGCAGUGAAAACAAGUUUCUAUUGGACAAAUUCAGAUAGGUUUGGUUCCUAGUGAAUACACCCCAGUAGGGCUUACUUGAUGUAGUUGAAUAAUAUGUGAUGUUCAAGGCUGUCAAUGUGUUUCCUAUGCAGAGAGAGCUGGAUAAGUUACUGAGGCAGCGACGGAACCAGAUGCUGGCCAGGGAUCUGUCCUUGGCCUCCAGAGAGAAGAUCCUAGCUGACCUUGACGAGGUGAAACGUGUUACUGUACAGUACUGUAGCUACUAGGGAUGUGACAAAUGUACAAUUGUUCUUAACAUUUAAACUGCCGUUAUGUUUAUAUGCUAAGAAAAAAAAGAAGAAAAAAUGAUGUGAAUUCACAAUUCAGAUAUGAUGCUGCGUAUGACCAAUGAUGUGUAUAUAUAUAAACCAAUGGUAUGACCACUAGGGGGCAAUGCAGUUCAAUCUACUGUUAACGACGAUGACAUACGGAGCGCUAUAUAUUCGUGACAAAUAAUUUGAAAGAUUCAUAUCUCCUCCUAAUAUCCUUACAGCAUUGUUGCGUUAGGUAUUUGUUACAUUUGUAUUUUUCCGAUGAUGAUGGUCAGGACCUGUUAGUGGUAGUUAUGUGAUAACUACACUAUUUUGUCAAAAGAAAAAAAGGUUUUGUCGUUAUGGAUUUUUUUCGUUUAAACGUUCACACCCCUAGUAGAUAUGAAAGUAUGAAAAUGUAUGCACUCACUAACUGUAAGUCGCUCUGGAUAAGAGCAUUUGCUAAAUAACUAAAAUGUAAACGUAGAUACUGUACUAUGCUGAAUGUCACGUUGCCAACCUCUGAAGUUGUCAUGACCUUGUUAACACUGCCUCUUAGCUUUACUGUGCUAUAUCUUCUCAUUUAUGUAUACAGACAUGUUUGUGAAUAUGUCGACACAUUCUCUGACAAUUCUAUUCUGUUGGACAUCACGUUUCAGAUUCUGUCCUGUGAGCAGACUGUUCAUAUGGGGCGAGUGUUCCUCUCCAGGAGGCUGAGCUCACCUGAGGUAGAGGCCCUGGACUCCAAGUCCCUCCUGGCCCAGAUAAAGACUGCUGAUGUCCAGCAAGCUGUAGAGGAGGAACAAGCUGAGAUCAGUGAGCUAGAGGACAGAGUGGCCAGAGGCCUGGAGCUCAGGUAGCUAGCUAGCUCCAUGUCACUGCAGUGGCCAGGAUCAUAUUUAUUAGGCACCAAAUGGAAGAAGCCUGACUGGAAAACAGGCAGGGACUUACAAUAAGAAGCACUCAUUUUUCUUCUGAUGCAAAACAUUUUGCUACAGUGUGCCUUAAUGAAUAUGACCCAUGGAAGACAUGGCCAGUGUGCUGUUUAUUGAUGUUUACAGAAACAGGAGUUCUGGCUUUUAUAUUCAUAUUUAUUUUUCUUAUUUCAGAGAGAAAGAGGAGAAAAGACAACAGGAGAUUGAGAAUCAGAACAAAGAAAUCUUCAAGAAGAAGGUGCUAUGUGUUCAACACUUGUUGCCAUGUCAUUUUUAGUGAUACCAUGAAUCACCAGCAGUACUGUAUGGUCACAGCCCAGUUCUUUCUGGAUAUGUAUAACUGAUAAGAACCAUUUCAUCUCUCUAUUAAGGCGAACAUCAAGCAUCUCAUGAAGGAACUAUCAGAGCUCAAAUCCCAACUGGCUGGAGCAGAGGUAAGUGUGUAUGUGAUUGAAUAAGCUCCGUGGCUGACCUUGUGGUGUGUCCGAGGUGUUGGGAAUGAAAGAAUACAUUUUUAGUCUCAUUGAAAAAUUAUUUGUACUUCCUCAAAAGAGAUUCCAUGAGCCACUUCCUUGUGACUUAACAGGAGUCUUUGCUAGCCAUUCAAGGCAAGAUGGAAACUUUGAAAGACACAGAAAAAGAGGAAGACGCGGGUCCCCAGGAGGCAUUGCAAGUCGCCCCAAGCCAAGCAAAGGCUCCCAAGGCAAAAAGGAAUGGUGGGGAAACAAUUCCCCAACAGGCUUCUCAUGUCCGAAUGAAAGCUGAAAAUACACCUACCACGGUUGGAGAGUCACAUAUGGCCUGUGGUCUCAGACGAUCCAAGAGGAUAGCGACUAAGAGGAGCUGCGUUGAGAGUAAGCCUGUUUUGAGGAAAACUCACCCUGUCAAAGCAAGCAUUUCACAUGGAGAAAAC